GCAUCGCUUCAAGCCAGACAUGUUUCAGGACUGACUCAAUUCCUAAUGGAAUAGCAGUACGAGCUACAUUCUCAGCAGUACUUGAGCACCAUAAUUGGUUGGACGACGAAAUCCUAUAUGCGCUGACAACGUAUCCAUGUGCAGCAAGCCAGCCAAAACAAAGACCUUCACCUCAAACCAGUUGUCAUCGACAUUUCUAGGCAUGGAAAUACAUUAAGACAAGGCCAAACCAAAACUUCCCCACCAUGGCUGUCACCACCUUAACAGUGCAGACUACCUCCAAAUUACUAUCUCCCUAAUGACAGAGCCCCCUAAGCUAGUCCAGCAUUCCACGCAGAUUAGCAUCCCAAUGAACACAGACUUGCAUUGCCACCAACCUCCAAAUUAUUAUCUCCCUAAUGAUGGAGCCCCGUAAGCUAGACCAGCAUUUCAUGCAGAUUAGCGCCCAAAUGAACACAGACUUGUGUUGCCACCAAACUUCAACCUGUCUCAAAGCGUCCCGUACAGCCAUGCAACACCAAUCUCUCUCGUGCCCAGCAUUCCAUCCCGAUUAGCAUCCAAAUGAACACAGGCUUGCAUUGCCACGGGCUUCGUACAGCCAUGCAACAUGAAUCUCUCUCUUGAUAACUGAUUAUCCGAACCAUGGGGUACAACCUCCACACCAUUCCAUCAACAAACUAGCCAUGCCACGCCAUGUUAUAGCGUAAGUGACCUCGAAAGGAUGCAACCAAACGGUGAGGUAAGCCUCAAAUCAAGCUCUCUUGAUAACUCACUAUCAAAUCCAUUGGGUACAAACUCCGCAGCAUUCCAUCAAUAAACUAGCCACGCUAUGUUAUCAUAAGUCAUCUAACUCGCGCCAGUUCAGCCGAAAGGACGAAAACAAACGCUGAGGUAAUCGAGCAUUCAUGCGCCAGUUAGCCGAAAGGACGAAAACGAACGCUGAGGUAAUCAAGCAUUCAUGCGCCAGUCCCAUCCAGGGAAUUCCCGGUAUCGUUAGGGCUGCUGUUCCAAUUCAUCAAGACCGUCCCAGUCCAUCCAGAUUCAUCCCGGUCAGGUCCAGGACGUUUCAAUCCCGUCCAGGCACAUGCAGUCCAAUCCAGCCCGUUCCCGACUUUACUCAGGCCGCCCCGUUCCACCGGCCUCGUUCCAGCACACAUCCCAACCGUCCCAAUGAAGGCAAUUAAUCCAAAAGUCCCAUACCCAGAGAGAACGAACAAAGAAAGAGGGAGAGAGCACCACAUGCCAGUUGCGCUCUUCGUGCCAGGCUACAGAUCGCCCAUUGUACAAAAUUCCCCACCCUUUACUCCUUAUCAUUCCGAAUAACACUUCCCCCCCCCCCCCGUCUUACCGCGGCUGCUGGCACGGAGUUGCCGGGGCUUCUUCUUCCGUUUCUAUCAUAAUCUCACAACCAAUGAAAGAGCCUUACGAGAGAACCACGAACCCUGGUGGAGAUAUUUCCAGACGAAUACAGUUGCGUUACGGCUACUGCCUUAGGCGGAAAGAAGGCGAGAAAAAGGACAAAAAGCUGCGAGCUAGUGACUACGGCUUCAGCGACGUAGCAGCACCUCGUCGAAUGCCACCCGCACCGAUCAAACAACCCAUGCCACGCCUAGAAUAAGGAUGUGCGUUUAACCACACAGUAGACUCGGAAUUUUCUUCCCCAGAAUGGGGCGUGGGCAAUCAGAGAGAGAAAGAGAGAGGACAGAUUGUGUCGUAGUCGGCCGGCACUUCCUUCCCGAUAUGACUUUCCUGAUAGGGCAAUGGCGCAUGCCACUCCAGCAUUUCUUCGAGGUACCUCCAGGAGGUGAGUUGAAUCUUCGGGCGCUCCCGGCGGCGUUUCCAUCGGCCGUUGGCAGGGCGCCCGCACAUGGGAUGAUAAUGCGAGAGCAAAGCGGAGGUUAUGGCAUCGAUUGUGGAAGAAGAGAACGUCCACAUUUCCAGGCAGCCGUGAAAAGAGACUCCCUCGUACGCUCCGCAAAUAGAAAACUGCGCUCAGAUGAUAACGAGAAAACUACCUUCUACUCGGGAAAAUGGUGCCAACCCUAGUACCCAGUCAUACUCGUUUCGACACCAGCCAGAAAAGAAGAGAGAAGGGAAAGAAGGUAGCAGGAAAGGUAGAUGCUCGAGUUCUAUAUUUAUAUUUAAAAUUAUAGGAUCCAUAAUAAUAUUCCAGGAUUUAUUUAAUUGCAUGCGUUCAGAAACUCCAUCAAUGCUACGCCUCGCUGCUCCUGACUCAGUGUCGUCCAGGCGUCGCGGACCAACCACUAUAGCAGGUGCGUUUUCAAAACAUGCCAUAAAAAACGGGGACUUGUUUUCAGUCAUUGCAAAACGUGCACGCGUUUGUCGCCUGUGGGGAGAUACAUAUCCCCCGCCCGUAAAGGUAAAAAUGGUGAGGUAGUACCCGUGGUGACAAUUUGGGUGGGGUGGGGGUGGGUGGGGGGGGAAAAGAUGAUUCACAUUGCCAAUCAGUUUUGCACGAAUGAAAUGCCAAAUCUCCAGCCUACAAAGACGACAACUACGGCUUCAAACACGCCACCCAUUAGGGAACAAAAUUGGAAAAUACAUUUUGGAUAAACGAAUAAGAUUCAUAUUCAUUUUCGGUUGACUCCAUUCGGCCGGCAAGAGUACCCCCACCUAAAAGAACCACAUCAGCAUCCUCGAAAGUAGCCCGUCAUCCCAAUUUCAGGACAAGUCAAAGCAGACUACACAGCGACAAUUUCAAUACACUACACCAUAUCAUCUCCCCACAUCCUCCGCUUCAAAACCGCCGCCGUCUCACACACACACACACACACACACGCACACACACACACACACACACGCACACACACACACACAUACACACGCACACACACACACACACAUACACACACACACACACACACGUCCCGCCUCCCACAUACAGACAAACGCUGCUGCCUUUAUGACAAAGAGAACCGGCCGGCCCUACUUUCCCCUUAACAAACUCUGCCGUGCAGUUCUUCGUCUCCACUCUUUUCGUUCUACGAAGCUCCUACGGACGAACGUUCUCAAAAUACAUGCCUACACAAAUCUGCAGUCGACUCGCUAAGCCCGUGCUGCACACCCCAUCCAUCCCCCCUUCUUGUCUUCUCUUCGCGUCUGUCUCCUUCCUGGCUCUUGAUAUCGCGCUUCUGCCGAAAUGGAAAUGUACAUGUCAAUAAUUGUAGGUUCCUCCUCGGUGGCACCCCAACAUCGCAUCAAAUAGCAUAAUAAAAUACUGCUGAGCUG